AAAGACAGGCUCCAACAGGAACUACAGGACAGAGAGAUAAGGCUUUGCCUUAACCUUUUUGCCCCUCCUUUCCACGCAGCGUGACGCAGCCGCGCAUAUAGGGACCCGGAAGCAGCUAGAGGCGAUGGCGACAGCGGAGGGCAUGGGGCAGCAGUGGGUGCUGGUGGAAAUGGUCCAGGCCUUCUAUGAGGCCCCAACUUACCAUCUUAUUUUGGAAGGUAUUCUAAUCCUAUGGAUAAUCAGACUACUUUUCUCUAAGACGUACAAGCUUCAGGAACGAUCUGACCUCACACCUAAGGAAAAGGAAGAGUUGAUUGAAGAAUGGCAGCCAGAACCUCUCGUUCCUCCUGUAUCAAAAGACCAUCCAGCUCUCAACUACAAUGUUGUUUCAGGGCCUCCCACUCAUAACAUUAUUGUGAAUGGCAAGGAAUGCAUAAACUUUGCAUCAUUUAAUUUUCUUGGGCUUCUGGAUAAUGAAAGGGUCAAGAAUGCAGCCCAGGCUUCUCUGACAAAAUAUGGUGUGGGCACUUGUGGUCCGAGAGGAUUUUAUGGAACUUUUGAUGUACAUUUGGAACUGGAGGAACGGCUUGCCAAAUUUAUGAGGACUGAGGAAGCUAUUAUAUAUUCCUAUGGAUUUGCUACAAUUGCCAGUGCUAUUCCUGCCUAUUCAAAACGAGGAGACAUUGUGUUUGUUGAUGAAGCAGCCUGCUUUGCUAUUCAGAAAGGCUUACAGGCAUCCAGAAGUAACAUUAAGUUUUUUAAACACAAUGAUAUGGCUGACCUUGAGCAUCUGCUAAAAGAGCAGGAGAUUGAAGAUCAAAAGAAUCCUCGUAAAGCCCGUGUAACCCGAAGGUUUAUUGUGGUAGAGGGUUUGUAUAUUAAUACUGGAGAUAUUUGUCCUCUUCCAGAACUGGUAAAAUUAAAAUACAAAUACAAAGUGAGGCUAUUUUUGGAAGAAAGUCUUUCUUUUGGAGUAUUGGGAGAACAUGGACAAGGAGUUACCGAACAUUUUGGAAUAAAUAUUGAUGACAUUGAUCUUAUAAGUGCAAAUAUGGAAAGCUCUCUGGCUUCUAUUGGAGGAUUUUGCUGUGGACGAUCUUUUGUUAUUGAUCACCAGAGAUUAUCCGGUCAAGGGUACUGCUUUUCAGCCUCUCUGCCUCCACUCCUAGCUGCUGCUGCCAUUGAGGGCCUCAGUAUCAUGGAAGAAAACCCAGGCAUUUUUCAGAUUUUACAACAAAAAUGCAAGCGAAUACACAAGGCUUUACAAGGGAUUCCUGGUCUACAUGUGGUGGGGCAAUCACUUUCUCCAGCGUUACACCUUCAUUUGGAAGAGAGCACUGGAUCUCGAGAGAGUGAUACGAGGCUGCUGAAGGAAAUUGUUGAUUAUUGUAUGAACAGAGGUAUUGCAUUAACUCAGGCGCACUAUUUGGAGAAAGAAGAGAAAUAUCUCCCACCGCCCAGCAUUCGAGUAAUAGUGACAGUAGAACAGACAGAACUGGAAUUGGACAAAGCUGCCUCACUUAUCAGGGAAGCUGCAGAGACCGUACUGAAUUGAGGCCUGCUUACUUGGCUAUUUGUUUCUCACACAACACUGGGAUACCAAUUUUCUUCUGUAUGGUGGAUUGGCUUGCACUCCAAAAGUUCAAGCUCUUUGAUUUAUCAUCUGAUGGAACGGAAAGGUCAACUUCCCCUGAGCCAUUCCAGAACAAAAAAGUCACAAAUAUGGAAAUACUAAACAUAUGCUGUUAUAUACAGAACUCAGUACUACUUAAAUUGGAGAUCACCCCAGUCUUAAGGGCCCUAUUCCUUUCCCUAGUUCUCUAAAUGUGUAAAACAAACCAAGCUAUUUUUAAGUUUAUGUGUAAAGCUAAUGAACAUGAAAAAGAUGUAAAAACUUAAAGAAUAUCAUUAAUAUAACCUCUCAAUAAAAUGUAUUAUUUUAAUAACAUUUUUCAAAAAUAAAAAGGGUUCCUAUUACUGUCAAACUGGACAGUUAAAUGUUGUUAUGGAAUUAUGCUUUUGAAUGAUGUACUUAGCUUUUAUUACACUGGGUAUAUGGGAAUUUUAUACACUUACUUUUUUUAGACCUUUUAAUGUUUGAAAUUCCCCAAAGAAGCGGUUUUUCUAUUUGUCAGUUUUACAUCAAAUGUCUCAUUUCAUGCCAGUGCCUUUACCCCAUACUUGUUGGCCUCUUCCUUGAUUUGCCCAUGCAUUUAACUUUUAUAUCAGUGUCCUGGUCACCAAUGCUAUGCAGCCAUUGGAGCUGUAAUGUGGAUACCAAGCUCCAUAUUUGUUUCAUUGGACUGGGCACUCUUCAUUGGAUAGAGUCAGAGAACCAGCAUAUCCAAUCUGUGUGUACAUGAGACAUGAGAUGCUGGGAGAAUGUCUUCAACCAACCAAGCAAAUACUGAUCUCUUACCAUAAUCUGAUAGGUGCAUAAAUUGAUCAGCAAAUUAGGUCAGUAAUGAUCUCUGUCUUCAUGCUUGUUGCUCAGUACAAAAUCUUGACUAAAUUAGGAAUGCUUAGCAUUUAGUUGCAUGGGCACAUACCCCUCUUGCAAUCAAGAAGUUCCAAACCAUCUCUCCUGAAAUGACUUGCCUGAGACCACCAUUUUGGUCUGCGGUAAAGAUGUGCCGUCGAAUACAGAUAAAGCAGCAGUUACUCAUACUGCAGAAGUUUCAGUAAGCUACCUAGAGACGGAGAACUUCUUCUGCCCUUUAAAAAGUUGGCAUAUUAUGAAUGGCCAUAAUAAAUGUUCUAGAUUUCUGGUGAAGACUGUUGUUUUAAAGACUUUCUGUUAUGUCUGGGUUGUUUCUACACUCCUGUGCCUUUUUUGGUUGCUGCUACUUGGAUUCCAGUCCUCUAUUUGACACAUAUUUUUUUUAAAAAAUAAAUGUGUAUAUUUGAUUCCA